AUGUCUCUGGCUAAGGAUAUCACUGGAGGCGGUAUUAAUACCGGUACUUCCAUGAAGGUCCCUCCGCAUGCAUCAGUACCAGUACCCGUACGUGCACCAGCAGGUGAAACAGCAGCCAAUCAUGAACUUGCCAAGGAAAAGAAGUGGCACCAUCAUCAUCAUGACAAAGAAGAGGAUCAAUCCAUGGAGUUCGAAGAAGAGGAACAGCAACAAAUCACACGGCAAGAAACUUCCAUGUCCAUUCCUGGGGCCAUUGCCGUAAGAGGAAUAUCUCACCACUCCAAUGAUGACACUCCUUCGCCUCAGCAGCAGCAACAGCAACAACAAGGGCACAGUAGCUGGUGUAGCUAUGGCACGGUCCAGAUUGGAAAUGACGAUUCCGCACGACAACCAAAAGACGAUCAGACUUCCAGCAGUCUAGUUCAGGCCGUUCCCGUGCCAGAAAACUCCCUCACGUCGUCACAAAUCGUCAUUUCCCAAAGGGCACAAAUCUACAAUCCACAGGAACAACGCGGCAGCAACAACAGCACAAUGCUACCUUCCCACAAGAAGAAGACUGCCACUACUUUAGUAAAGAUCCUGAUAGUUGCCAUGGUCGCAAUUGUCUUUGUGGUGGGUGUCAUUAUCAUUCCCAUCGUGGCUACAGCAACCCAAGAAAAGUACCACGAAGCAACAUCUCCAAGUGGAAACCCGCACGUGUCCAACGAUACUGCCUCAUCCAGUCCAACGUCCACUCCGUUGUCCAUCCUGGAAACACUCAGUCCUUUCAUCACCAAUACCACAUCCCACAACAACACAAACAUCAAUCAUCCUGGGUUGGAAGCGUUCUUGCAGAGCUUACCAAACGACACACUGGACAUACUGCAACGUGGAGACCCUGAUGCAGCUCCUGUGCGAGCGUUCCAAUGGAUGGUCCAGGAUCCCCAUCUACAAGACUACUUCCACGAGAACAACAGUACGACGACAAGUAGUACUUGGAGAUUACAACAACGUUUUGCUCUGGCGACACUCUUCUUUGCCACGGACGGAACCCAUUGGAACGUCAAUCACCAGUGGCUCGAUUACAAUCUGCACGAGUGCUAUUGGGCCACCAAGCUCGACUAUGCCUUUAUGCUAGACAUGAAUGUCACGGAAUCUGUACAGCACAUGAUCGAGUACUUGCACACUCAUGAAGAGGAAUUGGAAAUCUUUCACUGGACCGACAUGAUUCAUCACGAGCAGCAGCAAGCACAACAAAGCAAUACGAAUAGUAGCAGUGGUGACGGUGACAAGCCACCGCCCAAGACAUGGAAGGGAUUGCCCUGGGAGGAUUCCGAUCAUUAUCGUCGUCAUUUGGACGGAACGGUGCAUCAUCCAAACGAAUACAACCACUGCGAUGAGAAUGGCGCCUACAGUCGCUUGAUGCUUUACAACAAUCGGCUCAAAGGCAGUCUUCCACCAGAGCUCUUCCUAUUGACCAAACUGGAAGUUUUGGGUCUGACAGAAAAUCGAGAACUCACUGGAUCCAUCCCGACCGAAAUAGGAAGACUCUCCGCACUCAAGUUUUUGUUUCUAGAUGAUGUGGACUGCUCGGGAACGCUCCCCUCCGAGAUUGGACUCCUGAAGGAACUCCGACUGCUUUCUCUUGACCACAAUUUGGGCUUGUCGUCCUCCAUUCCAUCCGAGAUUUUCUCUUUGCACAACCUCUUUUAUUUCUCUCUGGCAAACGCCCACGGCAUGUACGGCACUCUGGCAACGGAAAUAGGCUUGAUGUCGAGCUUGGAGGUUUUGAAUUUGAUUGAUGCGGGCAUGUCGGGAUCUUUGCCCACAGAAUUUGGAAGGCUCUCGAAUCUGCACAUUGUCAAUCUGGCGGGCAAUCCAGAUUUGGGGGGCAGUCUUCCAUCCGAGCUAGGUGACUUGAUGCAGCUUCAGUUGCUUAAUUUGCAUUCCAAUGCUUUGACUGGAAGUAUCCCGGAGUCGCUCUUCCGGCUUUCGCAGUUGUUCUACUUGGAUCUUUCCGAGAACGUGUUGACUGGAAACGUGGAUGGAACCAAGUACCGGCAAAUGAAACAACUGGAGGGCUUGAUUCUGCGAGACAACAACUUCAGCGGGACCGUCUCGCUAGAUCUUGGCUGUCUGCAAUCCAGUUUAGAGCUGUUGGAUUUGUCCAGCAAUCAUCGCAUGCAAGGGUCGCUGCCUACCGAAAUCGGUCUCCUAACAAGGCUUCGCGUUUUCAAUGCCAGCAACAUGAUGUUGUCCGCUACGAUCCCCACAGAAAUGGCUGCGUUGGGGUUGCUAGAACGGUUGGACGUGCAUGACACGCUACUCGAGGGACCACUCGCCCACGACAUGGUGUCAAACUGGAGCAACCUGCAAGUCUUGGACGUGUCAGACACAUCUAUCACUGGCACGAUCCCGAGCGAUCUCUGCGAGUUGUCUGAUUCGCUCUCCUUCACCUGCUCUAGUGAUCUUUGCGGUUGCUACUGUGUUUGCUUUUAGGCAAAAUACAAAAGAUCGAGAUCCGAACUAUUUUGUCGCAACUGCCCGCUCAAGACGAUGGAUUACGCCGAUGGCUGCAUCGUGAAUAUUGGCAAAGUUUGGUGUCCAGUGAUGUAGAACGACGUCGGCAGCAGAGGGAAGCAAGCAGGAGGUAGCAAUGGGAAGUUUACGACACAGCCAACAAACUCCGGAGCAAAGAAAUCAAGCCAUUGUUCAGGGACAACAAGCAAACGCAAACGGCCCUUUUUCUUUUCUUCUCCUAUUCAAACGUACAUGUAGGUGUGAGCAACAUCUUCCCGAGUACGUACGG